GUUCAGAAGCUGGAGCUGACGGGGACGAGGACGGUGCCACUGAGGGCGGAGUCGGAGAGCAACCUGGCGUGUGCGGGGCUGAAAAACAAGCGCACCUCUUUUAGACAGUCGCUGGCCGUCUGCAGUGAGCGCGCUCAGGUGGGUUUCCUGAACCCUCUGCUGCGUCGCACGGCCUCGGCUAAGAUCUCCCUGAGACGAGCUCCUUCCUCUCUGUUCAUCGAGCAUGGGAAGGUCUUCCAGAGGAGGAAGCAUCACGAUGACAGCGGCACCGUACAACUACUCGUACAUCUUCAAGUACAUCAUCAUCGGUGACAUGGGAGUGGGGAAGAGUUGUCUGCUGCAUCAGUUCACUGAAAAGAAAUUCAUGGCGGACUGUCCCCACACCAUCGGGGUGGAGUUCGGGACCAGGAUCAUGGAGGUCAACGGUCAGAAGGUGAAACUGCAGAUUUGGGACACGGCCGGUCAGGAGCGCUUCAGGGCCGUCACCAGGUCGUACUACAGGGGGGCCGCCGGGGCCCUCAUGGUGUAUGACAUCACCAGGAGAAGUACUUAUAAUCACCUCAGCAGCUGGUUGACGGACGCAAGAAACCUGACCAACCCGAACACGGUGAUCAUCCUCAUCGGGAACAAGGCCGACCUGGAGGCCCAGAGGGACGUGACCUACGAGGAGGCCAAACAGUUCGCGGAGGAGAACGGGUUACUGUUCCUGGAGGCCAGCGCCAAGACAGGGGAGAACGUGGAGGAGGCGUUCCUGGAAGCCGCCAAGAGGAUUUACCAGAACAUCCAGGAUGGCAGCCUGGACCUGAACGCGGCCGAGUCGGGGGUUCAGCACAAACCCUCAGCACCGCAGGGGGGCCGCCUCAACGCCGACAGCCAGCCCCCCAAAGAGGGCUGCAGCUGCUAACCACAGAUACAGACCCCCCACUAGACCCCCCCCCAAUGCAGACUGGGUUCACACUUACCCGUGAAGCCAAAACCUCCAGCCCCUCAAGACCACCAGAUCAGGAAAACCACCACGAAUCCAGUACCCACAAAGACGCGUGUGUGGUCCGGUCCUGGACCAGCUCACUACACGACCUUUGAUCCCCGAAAUCCAGAGCCUCCCCCUGACCGGGUCCCACUAGGGGGUUUAAUGUGCGCCGGUCUACGGCUCGGCGCUUAGUGAGACCCCCUCGCGCCCACAUCUAGACCACCAACCAACAGCAGCAUCUCAAAGAGGUGAUCCGUCCCCUGUGGAGCCAGAUAUCAUCUAACGUGUCUCCUUGAAGGUCCAACUAAUGUCCCGUGUGUCAAUCACAUCGUCUGUCUUAAUUCCAGUUAACUGUAAACACGGAUCGGACCAAACCCUUCGAAGAACCAGAACCCAGUGACCCCCAGUCAGCUCGAGGUCAACGGCGUCCUUUUUAUUAUCCUGAAUAUUUCUGUUCUGAAUCUAAAAAUCCUUUGUUAUUUAUCAUACAUGUAACAUGUAACAUGUUUGAUGAGUAAACGCAUAAUUAUUGUAUGAACUUAUCUUUGACCCGCUCACACGCCACGUCGGUCGGGUCCAGGUCUCGUCUGGUUCAGUGUCCCGCUCACACCCGGUGUUCUUAACUCGUCACUACGUCUGAGGGGUAUUUUCAACUGUUUGAGGGGGCGGGGCUUCUCCGCUCGCCGUCUUCUGAUUGAUGGACAGACGCCGCCUUCGUUUUGUGAGUGAAGCUCCUCCUCCUCACUUUAAGAAAAACCUCCCUCGGCCCCCCGGGGGGCGACCCACCGAACGCCAACGUUCACUAACGCGCGUUGGCUCCUCCCUCGGCCCCCCGGGGGGCGACCCACCGAACACGCUCAGCUCUUUUUUUAAACUUCCCUCUUCUGGUUCUGACGAAUCGACUAAAGUCUGAAUGCAACCAAGCGUCAUUUUUAAAUCAGUGUUUGUAAGAACUUAAGUCCUCACAGCUCUGAAACAUGAGCGUGAAUUAAUCAUAAACUUGGGUCAGAGUGAGUAAAUUAACGCUUUGAACAUUUCAUUCUUCUCCUUCAGUAAUGUCGGAUUUUUUUUCUGUCUAAGUAAAAAACACAUAACUGCUUAUGAGUCUCUGACUAUUUAUAUUCUAAAUGUGUGAUUCUCUCUGGCUGAAGCUCGGAGGUUCAGCCGUUUGUAAAUAAAGUAUAUAUAUAAAAUGUGA